CUGAACCAGUUUUGAAGAGUUUGUCUUUUCAUAUGAUUUCUGGACUGAAACUGUUGAAGAUGUUUUGGAUUGUUUUGUUCUGUUUGUGUUUCUGGCGUCUAGAUGGUGUGUUUGGCGAUGAAAUUAAGCUUGUGAAACUGGGAGAUUCAGUCACUCUAAACUCUAGUCUGACUGAAUUAAUGGAUGAUGAUCAGAUUCUGUGGAGGUUUGGGAUUAAAAACAUUCUGAUAGCUGAAAUGAAUGUAACGGAUGACAACAUAACUCUAUAUGAUGAUGUUCUUGAUGGGAGAUUCAGAGACAGACUGACACUUGAUGAUCAAACUGGAUCUCUGACCAUCACAGACAUCACAAUGAAACACACUGGAGUUUAUCACGGAAUAGUGAUCAACCGUACGAGCGUGUCCAUCUUGCUUGCUAUCAAUGAUGAGAUAUCAGUACAGAAGGGGGAUUCAGUCACUCUGAACUCUGGUCUCACUGAAAUAAUGCAUGAUGAUCAGAUUAAUUGGAUGUAUAAGGCUGAAAAUGCUUUAACAACUGUGAGCAUUAAACGAGCUGACAGAAUGACUGUGUAUGAUGAUGUUCUUGGUGGGAGAUUCAGAAACAGACUGAAGCUGGACAAUCAGACUGGAUCUCUGACCAUCAUAAACAUCACAACUGAAGAUGCUGGAUGUUAUGCACUACUGAUACUUGGACCAAAAGAGUCAUUAAAAGCUUUCAGUGUUUCUGUCUAUAACUCUGUUCACUGUUGUGGUUUUACUGAAGCUGUGAUCCGAUUGGUCCUCUCUGCUCUGGUGGGCGUGGCUACUGUCAUUAUUCUGGUUUAUGACAUCAGAUCCUGAAGAGUUCAACAAGAUCAUGCAUCAGGUACAUGACUGAUA